AUGGCCAAGAAGGACACGCAGCUGCCGGACCUGCCGGAGCCGUAUGAGUACGUUGAUACGCUGGGCUCGGGGUCCUACGGCGUGGUGGUGCUGGCGAAGGAUGCCACCGUAAAGGACCCGGAGAAGGCCAAGGUGGCGAUCAAGAUCAUACGCGCGCCGCAGAAGAUGCAGGUGCAGGCCGUGGCCAGGGAGCUCAUGAUCCACGGCGCCAUCAAGCACCCGCACAUCGUUCCCGUGCACAGGUGCUUCAGCACAGAGGAGCACAUUGGCGUGGUGAUGGAGUACAUUCGCGGCGGCCGGCUCUUCGACAUGGUCAACAACGUCGGGCCUUUUCCAGAGGCUAAGGCACGCUGGAUAUUUCGCCAGCUCAUGGAUGCCGUGCGCUACAUCCACAAGGACAUGAACUCCAUGCACCGCGACAUCAAGCUGGAGAACAUCAUCCUUGCCGACGCCAAGAAACAGUGGCCAACCAUCUACCUCUGCGACUUUGGCUUCGCUCGCACCAGGGGGCCCCAGUUCGGCCCCACCAUCUCCUGUGUGGGCUCGCCCAACUACUUCGCCCCAGAGAUCCUGCUGCGCAACGCCAAGAACCAGCGCUAUGAUGGAAAGAAGGCUGACAUCUAUUCCUGCGGUGCCUGCCUCUUUGUCAUGCUGUUUGGGUUCUACCCACAGGGGGUGGUGACCAAGGACAGGAAGGCAGGCAAGAUCGACGUUGACAGCAUUUACAUCGAGAUCCCAAAGGUGCAGAGGCAGAGGCUGCAUCCCGGGCACAAGGAGGUGCCCAUAGGGCCAGAGUGCCUCAACUUCCUCAGCCAGCUGCUUGAGCCGGACCCAGAGAAGAGGCUGACCCUGGAGGGAAUCUGGAAGGACAGAUGGUUUAGGGACAACACCCACAGGAGGCGGAGGAAAGUGGCUGCUGUGCUUGGGCGCUGA